UAUUAACACCUUUAAUAAUUUUUCUUUGCUAGUGUAGUGACCCACAGCAAAAAAUGCUGACUAACAAAAAUGACUAACAAGUUGCAUAUGGCAUAAAUAUGGUGCCAAUAUCUGUGUGCAUAAAAAUGAUAAUCAGAGUAAAGACCACUUGCUGCCUGCUCGCGGUCUCUGAAUAAUAGUUCAUGCCGUUUACACGUUCAUCGUUGAUGAACCGGAUACGCUCUCUUAAAAGUCCCGAUAUCUCCAUGUCAAAACCAAUCAGCGGGUCAUCAGACGGGUCAUCGUGGCCUCCAUCCUCUCUUGUAGCAAGUCAGGACACCAUUAAAAUUACUCCCGAGCUGUUUAAUAAAGUAAUCAUUUAAAUAUACAGUCAUGGAAAAAAAUCGUGUUUCUUCAGUUAAUACACUUUGAUGACUGUAUCGUCUGUUCCUCAACUCUGAUAUCUCAAUGUUCAACUUAUAACCAAAUGCUGCCACCCUUCUGUGCCUCGGAUUGGCUGUGCCCUGGAGACAGUAGAUAUUUAAAGUGACCAAUCAGAAAGGAGAUGCGGUUUUAGGGUUGCCCAAUCAAUGGCCACUACAAUGCAUAGCAGGCAUGGCUAGUGAGACACAAUUUUUUUUUAUUAUCUUCAAAUUGUUUUCCAAUACUUCUGUUCUUAACUAUGGAAGAAUGGCAGUGACAAGCACCUUUCAGCUCAUACACGUGCAGAUAUGACUUUUUAUUGUGGGGAAAACAUUACACACGCAGUAAAAAGUCAUCAUGUAUAAUAAAUGUUUUUCAAACAUGAUGUUAUUGGCGACAAACAGAAACUGCCAAACGUGCCAUGAUAUGAUCCAACUGAUUGCAUUCCAUUUUUGAUUAUUUUGAUUGAGUUUUCAAGGUGCACAGAAUAUUGUGUUCUUGGGUGAUAUAGAAAUGGUACAUACCUAAAGAAAGCUUAGACUAAUCUAAAAAAAAAAAAAAACAGUUUGUUUCUACAUUUUUCCAUUCUUUAGUAAUGAGCAGUAGAACAUAGGUAAGUUUCAACUAAAUAUCAGGAAUAUAUGGAAGAAAGGCUUUUGGUGAAAUGACACAUUUCACACCAGUUUAGCCAUACAUAUUUAGCCAAAAUGUCUAAACAACAAUGCCACAUCAUAUAAUAUAUAAAAUAUAAGAUAUAAAAUACAUCUUUGGUAGUGAAUGAGUGAUUAUAAUGCGUGAGCCCAACCGUUUGUGUGUGUAUUUUUAUGACAAAAUGUCUCUGUGAGCAGCCUGUUAGCUUGCUAAUACAUGCAAACAGGAACAGGAAGUCCAUUGCCCACUGAUGAUGUCAUCAGCGGGUGACACUGUAGUUGUAUGCUAGCUAACACCUUCACACCACAAGUCUCUAAAAAACAUUUCAGGUUACUUUUACCUUAAUUGAAGAUGUGAUUGCUAUGAGUUGUUGUUUUUUGGCUCCAUUUUGGGUCAUUUAGCAGCCGUGAUCAAAAGAACACAUAAGCUGCUUCAGUCGGUAAGGGCUGGCAGAAGCACCUGCUGCCUGACUGCCUGCCUGCUUAUUGCAUUUUGGAGGCAUCCUGACCCUAAGUCCGAGCCACAUCAUCUAGCUUGUCUCAAUGUGGAGGAGCAGUGGCUCUCUUGGAUGAGAGCGCUCUCACCCUAUCUCUAAGGGACAUGUCUCCGCCUGCGAAGCAGAAGAAGAAGACAUGGCACAAGAAUAAUAGAAAGCUCAGCUGUGACCUCCUCGAAGGCAACACCUGUGUUGGGAAGCGUGUCCCCAUCCAAAGAGUGGACAGCAUGUGGAUGAACUUCCUAGCUUGAGGUAAAAGGAGAAGAAGACGCAGGUGGGCAGGGCUUCAAGUCAAUAGACAUGAGGACUUUUAUUGUGAUGCACAGCUCUCACAUGGCCGCCAGCAAGUGGUGACGGCAACACAGCAAGGAGGUUUUAUUAAGUGGACCAGUUGCCAUAGAGACGUUUGGCAGGAUAUUGCCGGGACAAGGCUUAAUGGGUCUCCUGACGCAGUUCGCUCUGCUCCUGUGGAAGAACUUCACCCUGCGGAAGAGACAAAAGGUACGGUUAGUCGUGGAAAUACUUUGGCCUCUCUUCCUGUUCUUCAUCCUGGUGGGAGUUCGCUUUACAACCGAGCCAACCUACAAAGGCCAAUGCCACUACCCGAAUAAAGCCAUGCCGUCGGCUGGUGUUUUACCUUGGAUUCAAGGCAUGCUGUGCAACAUCGACAACCCCUGCCAGAGCUACCCCACACCGGGGGAGGCGCCGGGACAAGUCAACAACUUUGAUGACUCCAUAAUUUCGGGAAUACUGAUCGAGCUCCAAGACCUCCUGGUGAACAGAUCCAUCCUCAGCAAUGUCCAGCGACUAGUGGAGGAUGCCAACCAGUGGACUUUGGUCCUGUCGCAGUCCAGCUUCAGUAACGGGUUAGCGCUAAGGAGCAUUCUACAAGACAACGAAACAUUCUCGGCCCACUUGAGAGAGAAUCUGUCUGUGCCGCCUCCUGUGGUCGAAAGCCUCAUGACUGCAAAGAUUUACUCCAAUCCGAUGACGGGUGUCCCCACACAAGGACAGCUAUUGGACAUCCUCUGUGAAGGUGAAUACAUGGACCAGUACAUCCAGUUCAGUAGCCCGGAUGAAAAGGACGCCUUUAAGAACGUCAGCUGCUCAUUUAGCACUCAAGAGCUGGGCGUCACCCAACAGGAGUUCCUGCAGAACCUGGACACCAGAAAAGUCUUUAGACAGCUAUUUUUGGAUGCAGUGGAUGUGCCAGGGCUGCUUGCAAAAACCACAUCAGAUGCGCUACCACUGCUGAAGGAGGUGAAUCGGUUGCAGAACUCAGGGAUUUUCCAAGUGUCUUCUUCGUUGGAAUUCCAAGGGGACAUGAUUGGCAGCAUCAAUAUGCUUCUGUGUGGAAGGCAACUUGACUCCAAUUCCACCAACGUGACCCUUGCCGCCCCAGAGACAAGACAAGUGCUUAGCAACCGGUCCGUCUCCAGUGAGCGCAACACAUCCAGUUCUUUUUGUCAAAGCCUGGUCAACACACUGGAGGGAACACCAGGCCUGAGCUACUUUUGGAGGACCUUCAAGCUGUUUUUCCAAGGCAAAGUCCUUUUCACACCGGACACCCCUGCUGCUCGCCUCAUCAUCAAAGAGGCUAACAGCACCUUCAACGCCUUGGCUAUGCUAAAGGAAAUGGCCGACUCGUGGAACGAGCUGGGGCCGCGUGUUUGGGAUUUCUUCCAGAACAGCACACAAGUCAACACAAUUCGGAAGCUGCUGGCCAAUCCGAUGUUUGCAGCACUGCUCGACCGACAUCUGAAUGGCACGGGCUUGACAUCGGCGCUUAUCGCCAACUUCCUCUAUAAUGGCCCCCCGGAGGGUCGACCCGCAGACAUGCCGCCGUACGACUGGCGAGACUUUUACAAUACAACCACCCAGACGUUACAGUUUCUCUCCGACUUCUUGGGUUGCUUGGACUUGAACAAGUUCGAGGCGGUGCCGAGUGAAUCCCGCCUAGUGAGCAAAGCCUUGGAAUUCCUCAAGAAUGACACUUUCUGGGCCGGGGUGGUUUUUCAGAACAUGGAGUCCGACUCCAACAAGCCGCCUCCUCAUGUCAGGUACACAAUCCGGAUGGACAUCGACGAGCUGGAGCGAACCAACAAACUGAAAGAACGGUCAUGGUCUCCCGGCGCCCGAGACAACUCUUUUAAUGAUCUGCGCUACAUCUGGGGGGGCUUUGCCUAUCUGCAAGAUAUGGUGGACCACGGCAUCAUAAGAGCACACGCGUCCAAGACACGGUCACUUGGUGUUUUUGCUCAGCAAAUGCCAUACCCUUGCUAUGUAGAUGACACGUUCCUACGAGCUUUGGCGCGCUCCCUCCCCUUGUACAUGACGCUAGCCUGGAUUUACUCAGCGGCCAUGAUCAUUAAGAGUAUCGUGGCUGAGAAGGAAGCCCGACUCAAGGAGACUGUGCGGAUCAUGGGCCUGAGGAGUGCCAUCUAUUGGCUGAGCUGGACUGUGUCCGGUGGGGUACCGUUGGCACUCAGCUCUCUGCUCCUUGCGCUUAUACUCAAGUACGGUAAAAUACUCCAGUAUAGCGACCCCAGUGUCAUCUUCGUCUUCCUACUGGUAUUCUGCUUUUCCACCAUCACCCAGUGCUUCUUCAUCAGCGUCUUCUUCUCCAAGGCCAACCUGGCGGCGGCGUGCGGCGGUCUCAUCUACUUUGUCCUCUACCUGCCGCACGUCCUCUGCUAUGCCUGGAGGGACGUCCUCACUUUUGGGGUUAAGGUUGCCGCGAGUUUAUUGUCCUGCGUGGCUUUCGGCUUUGGAUGUGAGAACUUCUCCAAGUACGAGGAGCAAGGUGUCGGCAUCCAGUGGUCCAAUGUGGGACAGAGUCCCGAGGAUGGGGAACGCUACACCUUCAUAGUGUCCAUCGCCAUGAUGCUGUUGGACGCCGUCAUCUAUUGGACACUAACGUGGUAUAUUGAGAAUGUCUUCCCAGGCCAGUUUGGGAUCCCCAAGCCGUGGUACUUCCCUUUCACUGCAUCUUACUGGUGCGGGACGACAUCCUUGCCUUCCAUCGAUGACGAACUGCAGAAGGAUGCUAAAUUGAAUAAUGAAUAUCUGGAAAAGGCCGACCCCAAUUUAAGAGCCGGGGUGUCUGUGCGGAACCUGGUGAAAAUCUACAAGACUGGAAACAAGUUGGCUGUGGACGGGCUGAGCGUAGACUUCUACGAGAACCAAAUCACUUCCUUCUUGGGUCACAAUGGCGCCGGAAAAACCACGACGAUGUCCAUCCUAACGGGACUCUUCCCGCCCACAUCUGGUACCGCCCUCAUCAACGGCUACGACAUCCACACAGAUGUAGACGCCAUCCGCAAAUACUUGGGAAUGUGUCCUCAACACAACGUCUUAUUUAAUGAGCUAACGGUGGAGGAGCAUAUAUACUUCUACGCCCGGUUGAAGGGAUGUGGCGCCACUGAGGUGAAAGCGGAGCUGGACCAAAUGAUCGAGGAAAUCGGACUGCCGCACAAGCGCAAGGACCUCGCCAAGAACCUGUCAGGUGGUAUGCAGAGAAAGCUGUCAGUGGCGAUAGCGUUUGUCGGCGGAUCAAAAAUAGUAAUCUUGGAUGAACCCACAGCAGGGGUGGACCCCUACGCCCGCAGGGGGAUCUGGGAACUGCUGCUGAAGUACAAACAAGGUCGCACUAUCAUCCUGUCCACGCACCACAUGGACGAGGCGGACAUCUUGGGUGACCGUAUCGUCAUUAUCUCCAAUGGCAAGAUGCGCUGCUGUGGCUCGUCCCUCUUCCUGAAGAAAUGCUUCGGCAGCGGUUACUACCUCACGCUAGUACGCGGUGGCGUGGGCAAGACGAGCACGCAGCGGGGUCAGGCCGAAGCGGAGCAACAAUACACUUCCAAGCGAGGCAGCAUGGACGGCGACGUCGGGAAUCAUACAUGGAACAACUUGGAACCUCCAGAUUUGACAGCACUCAGUCAGCUGGUGCGCCACCACGUCCCCCGGGCCCUCUUCUUGGAAUGCAUCGGCCAGGAGAUCACUUACAUCCUUCCCUACGAUGGAGCCCAUGACGGCUCCUUUGCGCGGCUCUUCCACGAUCUCGACAUGGCCAUGGCCGGCCUGGGCUUGACCAGCUACGGCAUUUCCGACACCACACUGGAAGAGAUAUUUUUAAAAGUGGCAGACGAUCCGGGAGCAGAUGCAGACAUUUCACACAUAACAAAACGGGAGAGAAGUGGCGGCAAAUCCAAGCGGAACAGCAUUGCCCUCGCCACCACCGUCCAUCCCGAAACGGAACAACAGGACGAGACAAGCGGUGAUGGAAAGAAGUUUGCAAGUAAAGUUGAAGAUUUACAGAGGAGCGGUGGUGGCGGACGAGGCUCUGCGGUGGUCACCGGAUGGGAGCUGAUCAGGCGUCAGUUCCUGGCACUCUUCAUCAAGCGCUUCCACCACGCCCGGAGGAGUCGCAAGGGACUCAUUGCCCAGGUGGUGUUGCCUGCCAUUUUUGUAUGCCUCUCUCUUAUCUUCUCACUCAUCGUGCCGCCGUUUUACGAAUAUCCCAAACUGGAAUUGCAGCCUUGGAUGUACGGAUCUCCUCAAAGCACCUUUUUCAGUAAUGAUGCUCCAGAAAAUACUGAGUUGUCUCCGGUGGUGGAAACGCUGGUGAACCAACCUGGUUUUGGUACCCGCUGCAUGGACGGAGAUCCUAUACCGAAUCUGCCUUGUGUAUCCCUUGGCUCUGAUUGGCUGACUCCAUCUGUGGAUCAGUCGGUGGCUGACAUCUUCCUCAAUGGCAACUGGAGCAUGUCUGACCCCUCACCAUCCUGUCAGUGCAGCACUCCUCAACGGGCCAUCAUGCUGCCCGACUGUCCCCCCGGUGCUGGGGGACUGCCACCUCCUCAGAGACUACAGAACACAACUGACACGCUCCUAGAUUUGACAGGACGAAACAUUACGGACUUCUUGGUCAAGACGUAUAAGUACUCUGGCCAAACAAGGUAUGGGGGGAUCUCUGUUGGAGCAGUCAAUUCUCAAGUGCGUCUGAGUGAGGCGGCCAUUGAAGCCACGAUGGAGGAUCUAAAGAGACUGUUUGGUUCUUUCCUGGGAAACAUGACCGAUGAGAUAUUCCACACCAGUGAGACUCUGCUGAAGAAGCUUGGAACGAAACACAAUAUCAAGGUGUGGUUCUACAACCAGGCGUGGCACGGCAUGGUGUCUUUCCUCAACGUGGCCAACAACGCAAUCCUGAGAGGGAAUCUGCCAACGGGACAGGACCCCCGCCUUUAUGGCAUCACCGUGUCCAACUACCCCCUCAACCUAACCAAAGAACAGCUGUCCUUUGUGGCCCUGGCCACGACGUCCACUGAUGUGGUGGUGUCCAUCUGCGUCAUCUUCGCCAUGUCCUUCAUCCCCGCCAGCUUCGUCCUCUUUCUCAUCCAGGAACGCGUUAGCAAAGCCAAACAUCUUCAAUUUGUCAGCGGAGUCAACCCGGCCGUCUAUUGGCUGGCCAAUUUCGUCUGGGACAUGUGCAACUAUGCCAUCCCAUGCGUCAUCGUCAUCGUGAUCUUCCUGUGCUUCCAACAAGAAUCGUACGUGUCGGCGGACAAUCUGCCUGCACUGGUUCUGCUUCUGGUUCUCUAUGGGUGGUCCAUCACCCCCAUGAUGUACCCUGCGUCCUUCAUAUUCAACGUCCCCAGCACCGCCUACGUGGUGCUAACAUGCAUUAACCUCUUUGUCGGCAUUAACGGCAGUGUGGCCACGUUCGUCAUGGAGCUCUUCGACGACGAGGAUGUAUCCUACAUCAAUGACAUUGUCAAGCAAGUGCUCCUCAUCUUCCCUCAUUUCUGUCUGGGCAGAGGAUUGAUUGACAUGGCCAAGAACCAAGCCAUGGCAACCCUCUUUAGUAGCUUUGGGGAGAACCGCUUCAAGGAUCCGCUUAGCUGGGACAUGGUGGGCAAGAACCUAUGUGCUAUGUCCAUACAAGGGGCAGCCAUGUUUGCAAUCACUAUUCUCAUCCAGUACAAGUUCUUCUGCAAACCAAGGAAUAUUUCUGCAAAUUUGCUGCCAGGCAUGGAGGAGGACAUAGACGUUGCUCAAGAACGGGAUCGGGUGUACACGGGAAAAGCCCAAAAUGACCUUUUGAGGAUCUAUGAUCUGACUAAGGUGUAUCCAGGGAAACGUACCCCUGCUGUUGACCGUCUAUGUGUGGGUGUGCCUGCAGCAGAGUGUUUUGGCUUGCUGGGAAUCAACGGUGCUGGGAAGACCACCACUUUUAAGAUGCUAACAGGUGACAUCCCUGUCUCUAGCGGAGAGGCCUUUCUCAACGGAUACAGCAUACGAACAGAAAUGGGAGACGUGCACCAGAACCUGGGCUACUGCCCUCAGUUCGACGCCAUCGACGAGCUGCUAACUGGCCGUGAGCAUCUGGAGUUUUAUGCCAGGUUGCGAGGGGUUCCGGAAAAAGAGGUCGCCAUGGUGGCUGAGUGGGGCAUCCAGAAAUUAGGGCUGGUCAAAUACGCCACAAAAUCAGCGGGGACAUACAGCGGAGGGAACAAACGCAAACUGUCCACCGCCAUGUCCCUGAUUGGUUGCCCUCCAGUUGUCUUUCUGGAUGAGCCAACAACUGGUAUGGACCCCAAAUCUCGGCGCUUCCUGUGGGACUGCAUUCUGAGUGUCAUCAAGGAGGGACGCUCUGUCAUUCUCACCUCACACAGUAUGGAGGAGUGUGAAGCACUGUGCACACGCAUGGCCAUCAUGGUCAAUGGACACUUCAAAUGUCUCGGGAGCAUCCAGCAUCUUAAGAACAGGUUUGGCGAUGGCUACACGGUCAUCAUACGGGUCUCCGGCUCCCCUCCACUGUUGAAACCCGUGGAGGACUUUGUCCGACAAGCAUUCCCUGAAAGUGUUCUGAAGGAGAAGCAUCACAACACGCUGCAGUACCAGCUUGCUUACAGCCAGGGGGCGCUGGCGCACAUCUUCGAGCACCUCAGUAGACAGCAGGAAAGGCUGUGCUUGGAGGACUACUCCGUGUCCCAGACCACUCUAGACCAGGUUUUUGUCAACUUUGCCAGAAGUCAGCAUGGUGAGGAAGACUCUCAGGGCUAUGACAACACAGUGGACACCUCUGAUGAAGUACCAAAGUUGCAAAAAGUGUAAAAAUACAAACAAAUAUAUAUAUAUAUAUAUAUCAAUAAAUGCAAAAAAAAUCAUAAAUAGUGCACUGAACUGUAUAUUAGAAUUAUUUAUUAUUCGACAAAACAUGUUCAUCUUCCUCAGGUUCAAUUGUAUUUCAUUAAAAUGUUAUUUUAAUGAUGAACUUACAUGUGCUGCAGAUUUUAUGUUGAUUUUAUGUGAAA